AUGACGUACGACCUCCUUGGACAAUGGGACGCCGGCUCCAAAUGGUCGCAGGACGGCUGCCCGAACGGCAUGUGUCUGCAAUCCCACGUCAACAUGACCGAGAUCUACAACGCUCAGGUCAUGAUUACCAAAGCUGGAAUGCCGGCGAACAAGGUGAUUGUCGGAGUGACCAGUUACGGCCGCGCGUUCAAGAUGAAAGACCCCAACUGCAAGGGCGAAAUGUGCGAGUACACCGGCACGGCGAGUGUCUCGAAUGCCUUGCCAGACCAGACGGCCUCCGCAAGCGGGCCCACGUCGUUGCUGAGCACGGGCAGCUUCUCGUCGUGGAUCAUCGGCGUCUUUUUCCACGGAAGUGAGGACGUGCACUGCAGGACAUUGCUCGUUGGGAACAACUGCCUGGACCGGCAGGAUACCUGCCUUGACAAGGACGACGUCGAUGCCCCAAACGGAACAGGGCCCGCGGGCAUGUUCAUUGCAAAUCUGUUCCGGAAUUCGCUAUUGGAAAAGGCUGCAGAAUCCGCAGCUCUGGGUAUCGUUGCUACUGGCAAGGAUAAGAACACGGGCAAUGUCGAGGACGAGCUCAGCAAAGCCGCCAAUCUGAAAAUCGCGUUGAACGUUAUCAUGGCCGGUUGGGAGAAGAUGGUGACCGGGUUCGCUGCCAAGGUAUUCGCCGGCGAGCCUGAAGGAAACGGGCUGCUCUCCGACUUCAUGGCCAACGGCGCGUUCAUUCCCGGCGGCGUUCCUCCGGGCGAGGAGAGCCCAAGGCUCAUGGGGGUUGAUGAGAUGAAGGAACUGGCCAAACAUGCGCUGUUCAUGUACAUCAUCCCCGAGGCGUGGCGGCACAACAAGGAUGCCAACGUCGCCAUUCUCGACACAGGCCGGGCUUGCGGCGACUUCAGCGACUACCGCCCCGAGAACAUCCACUCCGCGGACGCCGAGAAGGUCGAGCUGUGCUUCGACAACAAGCAGUACCUGAUGCUAGUGCGAUAG